GGGCUGCGGGCCCUCACGGCGCCGGCGCAGAGAUGGCGGAGGCCGUGGAGCGCACUGACGAGCUGGUCCGCGAGUACCUGCUCUUCCGCGGCUUCACGCAUACGCUGCGGCAGCUGGAUGCGGAGAUCAAGGCGGACAAGGAGAAGGGGUUCAGGGUGGACAAGAUAGUGGACCAGCUGCAGCAGUUAAUGCAGGUGUACGACCUGACUGCACUUCGGGACUAUUGGAGCUACCUGGAGAGGCGGCUCUUCAGCCGCUUGGAGGAUAUAUAUAGGCCCACCAUCAACAAACUGAAAACCAGCCUGUUCCGCUUUUAUCUUGUUUACACAAUCCAGAACGGAAAAACCUUACCUGUGGACUUCUGUCUCCGUCUCCCCUACCACCUUGUUUCCCCUGUGUCUGGACAGACAAACAGAAAUGACAAAGCACAGGAGUUCUUUGCAAAGCAGGCCACGGAGCUCCAGAACCAGGCUGAAUGGAAGGAUUGGUUUGUCUUGCCCUUCUUGCCCUCCCCGGACACCAACCCCACCUUUGCUAUCUACUUCUCUCGGCAGUGGGCCGACACCUUCAUUGUGUCUCUGCACAACUUCCUGAGCGUCCUGUUCCAGUGUAUGCCAGUUCCUGUGAUCCUGAACUUUGAUGCUGAGUGCCAGCGGACCAACCAGGUCCAAGAAGAAAAUGAGGUUCUACGCCAGAAGCUUUUUGCAUUGCAAGCCGAAAUCCACCGACUGAAGAAAGAAGAGCAGCAGCCAGAAGAGGAAGAGACCUUGGUCCAACACAAGUUACCUGCUUAUGUCUCCAGCAUGGACCGCCUGGGGGACUCAGAACUAGCCAUGAUGUGCAGCCAGAGGAACACUUCCCUCUCCCAGUCACCCCGAGUGGGUUUCCUGUCCUCGCUGCUGCCGCAGAGUAAGAAGAGCCCCUCCAGGUUGUCACCGGCCCAGGGGCCCCCUCAAGCUCCAAGCUCUACCAAGAAAGAGUCCUUCAGCAUCCCGGUCACCAAGGGAAAGGACCCAGCCUGUGGGCCCAGGGAUGGGAAGAGCCUCUUCAGUGGGCUGGCUUCAGGGGAGUCCAGCUGGUCGCAGCACCGGCAGCGACGCCUGCAGGAUCACGGCAAGGAGAGGAAGGAGCUUCUGUCCACGACGCUGCAGGCACAGGGCACCGAGAAGAAGCCUGAAGCUCCUGGCCCAGAGACAGAGCCCUGCCUGGAGCUCCCUGGGGAGGCAGCGGACACGCUAACUCGGGUUCCCACGGCAGGCCCCGAGGGUGGGGGUACCCGUCCCGAGCAGCCCUUCAUCGUGCUGGGGCAGGAGGAGUAUGGGGAGCACCACUCCUCCAUCAUGCACUGCAGAGUGGACUGCUCAGGGAGGAGGGUCGCCAGCUUAGACGUCGACGGGGUCAUCAAAGUUUGGUCCUUCAACCCCAUCAUGCAGACCAAAGCGUCCUCCAUUUCCAAGUCGCCGCUGCUCUCUUUGGAGUGGGCCACCAAACGGGACAGACUGCUCUUGCUGGGCAGUGGUGUGGGGACAGUGCGCCUCUAUGACACGGAAGCCAAGAAGAAUCUCUGUGAGAUCAACAUCAAUGACGACAUGCCCAGAAUCCUGUCUCUGGCCUGCAGCCCCAAUGGGGCCUCUUUCGUCUGUUCGGCCGCAGCUCCGAGCCUCGCUUCCCAGGUGGACUUCUUGGCCCCAGACAUUGGCAGCAAGGGCACGAACCAGGUCCCUGGCAGGCUGCUGCUGUGGGACACCAAGUCCAUGAAGCAGCAGCUCCAGUUCUCCCUGGACCCAGAGCCCAUUGCCAUCAAUUGCACAGCCUUCAAUCACAACGGGAACCUGCUGGUCACGGGGGCAGCUGACGGUGUCAUCCGGCUGUUUGAUAUGCAGCAGCAUGAGUGCGCCAUGAGCUGGAAGGCCCACUGCGGGGAGGUCUACUCCGUGGAGUUCAGCUACGAUGAGAACACCGUGUACAGCAUUGGUGAGGAUGGAAAGUUCAUCCAGUGGAACAUCCACAAAAGUGGCCUGAAGGUGUCCGAGUACGGGCUCCCCACGGACGCCACAGGCCCCUUCGUGCUGUCCGGCUACAGCGGCUACAAGCAGGUGCAGGUGCCCCGAGGCCGGCUCUUCGCUUUUGACUCAGAGGGAAAUUAUAUGCUGACAUGUUCGGCCACAGGGGGUGUCAUCUACAAGCUGGGCAGGGAGGAGAAGGUUCUGGAGAGCUGCCUGAGCCUGGGCGGCCACCGAGCCCCCGUGGUCACCGUGGACUGGAGCACGGCCAUGGACUGCGGGACCUGCCUCACCGCCUCCAUGGACGGCAAGAUCAAGCUGACCACCCUCCUGGCCCAUAAACUCUAAGGGGGCGCCCAGCCCAGGACACCCACUGCAUUAGUAUUAGCCCCACCUCCACCCUGCCCCGGGGUGAGAAUCGGGGAGAGAUGAGGCAGGAAGACUGGAUAAGCCUCCUCUGGCUCGCUGCCAUGGAGGGGACCCUUCAGGGGAAGACUGGCCAGGGACUUGACUCUGCCCAGCUGCUGUUACAGGACCUGGAGCCACAUGUGGCUGGGACAUGCACUGCCAGAGGCAGAAGGACAGCUCAGGAAGCAGGAGAAGCAUUGUGAGGGCUAUCUGUUGGCACGGAAGAGACUGGCAGUGAUUAUAUAUUUGCUCAGUUUUCUUCUUUUGUAGUCAUGAUAAUAAGAAGCAGCAGCAGGAA